AUGACAAAAUCCUUUUAGAAAGUCAAACAUGCGGUUAUUAGCAGAUAACAUUCAUCAAAAUUUGUGUCCGGUAAAACGGCGUUCUUUGAUUUGUUUGGACACCAAUGUUUAUUUGUCCUAAAAUAAACUGAAAUAUUAAUUUGAUUUAUCUGUGCCGAUAUGACUUAAUAUUAGAUAAUACUCCAGUGAGGAGUGUUUAAUGAAAUUUAUUAUAGUAAAUUGUAAAAAACUAGGAUUUCGUUUCAAUUUUCAAAUGUGGAUGAAUAAUCCGAAAAAUGAAAUUUAAUUUUAUAUCUGCAUAAAAAUAUAUAUAAAAAAUAGAUACGUUUUCUCUUCCAAAAAGAAGCAAAAACAUAUAACGAAUUUAUUUAAUGAUUAAUGAAAAUAAAUAUAGUGUUUAAUCAAAGUGCCAAAUAAAAUAAAAACGGAGAUUUAAAACAAACGUUUGUUGAAAAGUGUUAAUCUGAAAAGAGGAACUUUUUUUCUAUAAUUGGUGCGGUGGACGUGCUUAACUUAGAUUUGGUUAUAACAUUUUUUUAAAAAAAAGUUGUAAAAAUGGAUGACGAAUAUUUAGAGGCAUAUUAUAAAAGGUUCCUUGAUCAGGCGCGACGAGGGUCUUAUAGACCGUCACAUUACGGACAAUUUACUGCGUCGUCAACACCAAGAAAAAUGAGCAGCGUCCACUCAAUCGAUGGCCUGGACAGCUCAAAAGUGAAAAACUUCCCGUUCUCGUCAUUCAAGCUUUUAGGAGCCCUACAAAUUGGAAUAGGGGUGCUUUGUAUAUUGCUAGGGAUUGUGGAUUUAUUCCUGUUUCUGUACACGUCAUCACACUAUGAGAAUGACACCCUCAAAGCUUUAACAAUUGCUUGUGUGCCAGUAUGGUGCGGAUUGUGGUUUAUAGUUGCGGGUUCUAUGGGCAGCUGCAUGUCACUGCAGCAGAAGACAACAUUAACGUAUUUUAAAAUGACGUUUCUCGUGCUGAGCGUGCUCUGUUGCAUUCUUUUCGGUCCAGCUUUGUUUGGUGUGGAAGUCUAUAUUGUAUUCUUGAGGACAGACGGGUCUAUAUCAGCACACGAGUGGCUGAUACCUCUGCUGAUAGCGUUCUUUACUCUCAACGAGAUCGUCAUUGCACUCAUCACUUCCUGUAUCUGUUGUUGUUGUUCUCCCCUGAACCAGGCAAAGGUUCGAGUCUUGUACACCAGACACCUUGAUGAAGUAAAUGAACAGAGGCCAGAAAAAUACCGUCUCGACACUCCAGAAAUCUUCACCACAGAACACAGCAGACUUGAAAAAACACACAAACAUGCUUCAGCGCAUCAUGAGAGCCAUGCACCAGUGCACCAUGGGAGACGAGAAAGUCACGUGACAGACUACGACCACUGGGAUGAAAAGCAGCAACCAGUAUCCAGCAGACAGCCACGUGUCGCAAUGACGUCAGACAGCCCACCUCUGACGCAUUAUUCCCGUCCACCAACAUACGAGGGUAACACGGCUCAAAGCUACCGCCGAAUGAAACAACUGGCUUUGCCUGGUAAUCCGGAUACAUACUAAAUCAACGCAUUGAAUAAAACAUCAUAUUUGCUGUCCAGUUUUAAACCUUUUUGCAACUGUUUUGACAAUAAGACUUGUUUAAGGCAUCAGUUUUGACGUUGACUUAACAGCACGGUUUCUUGAUUUAAGACAUAAGGUGGACCGUUUCGAUAUAAAUGUGAGAGAAAUACAUACACAGUAAACGAAGUCUUCGUGUUUAAGCUUUUGGUUUGAAUCUGCAAACAGACAAAUACCGAACACCAAUACAGAUUCAUGUAAUAAUUGCACAAUGUAUAUACAUGCAAAAUAUAAACAGAGCCACCAGGCGUCAUUUAAUUUACAAGAUUUUUGCUGUGAAUAUUAUGCCUGUGAUAAUUUCCUUGCAUAUUUAUAUAUAUUUAUUUUUGUUAUUGUGAAACAGUUAAUAUAUAUAUAUUUUUUUCUAUUUCUUAUGGAAUCUGCUUUUGUGCAAAAACGCAUUAAAAUGUUUUUUAUCAAACCCAACUUUAAAACAGUAAAAUUGUUCAGUUAAGCAGCUUGGUGGAAAACACAGAAAUAGAUUUUUUAUAAAGUUUGUAUUAUUACAUAGCAUAAAUAACAUUUCUCAACGACUACAUUUCUUUCGAGUAGUUUGCUGGGAAUUACACUGUAUUUAUGAAUGAAAACGAUCUUAACGUUGUUUUUUUUUUUUGUAAUUACCAAUGGACAUGAAAAGACUAUGAUUCUAUUUUACCAGUGAAGAGCAAGAACAAUUUCAAUUUCAUAAUUUACGUACCCAAGAAGAACGCUUUUUAAAUAUUUUUUUAUCAACAAAAAGCUUUCAAUUUCAGAACGAUUUCACUGCUGCAUUAUCAGAAAACGAUUUCACUGAUUUAUUGCUGUGACAGCAGGUCUGCGUCAGCAUUUUGUAAAUUACUUGCUGUUUUAGUCCAAGGCAUUUUUUUUUAGUAAUUUCUUCAAACAAGAUGACGAACAAAUUACUUUUCGCACAAAACAUUCUUUGGCAAGUUUCACAAGAGUGGCAAACUGUCACAAAAUAUGCCUGUCACAGAAAAAAUUACUCUGACUUCUCAAACACUACUUAUUGACCAGACAAGUCGUCAUUUUUUUCUUCAAUACCGUUCUGCAGUAACUAUUUUAUAUACUUGUUUAAAUAAACAUGUACUUGUAA